UGCCACCCCCGGGCAGCGUCUGGGCCCUCCGCUCCCCUUCCCUCCACCUGUCCCCACACACCCACAGCCGCCGGCCUGCAGCCACCGGCCACAGGGAUCCCAGCCCAGGCGGAGGAAGCACCGAACUGAGAGACAUGGGAGUCCGAGGAGCAUUCCACCUCCUGCUCGUGUGCCUGAGCCCAGCGCUGCUGUCUGCUGUACGGAUCAACGGGGAUGGCCAGGAGAUCCUGUACCUGGCGGAAGGUGACAAUGUGAGGCUGGGCUGCCCCUACAUCCUGGACCCUGAGGACUAUGGUCCUAAUGGGCUGGACAUCGAGUGGACGCAGGUCAACUCAGACCCCUCACAUCGGGAGAAUGUGUUCCUUAGUUACCAGGACAAGAGGAUCAACCAUGGCAACCUCCCCCACCUGCAGCAGAGGGUCCGCUUUGCAGCCUCAGACCCCAGCCAGUACGACGCCUCGAUCACCCUUUCGAACCUGCAAGUCUCCGACACAGCCACCUAUGAGUGCCGGGUGAAGAAGACCACCAUGGCCACCAGAAGGGUCAUCAUCACUGUCCAAGCACGGCCUGCGGUGCCCUUGUGCUGGUCUGAGGGCCACUUUACACAUGGCAAUGAUGUGGUGCUGAAGUGCUUUGCCAAUGGGGGCAGCCCACCUCUCACCUACAAGUGGGCCAAGAUCAGCGGGCAUACUCACCCCUACCGUGCCGGGUCCUACCAUUCUCAACACAGCUUCCACUCUGAGCUCUCCUACCAGGAGUCCUUCCACAGCUCCAUCAGUCAAGGCCUGAACAACGGUGACCUAGUGUUGAAGGACAUCUCCUACAAGGAUGAUGGGCUGUAUCAGUGCACAGUGGCCAACCACGUGGGCUACAGCGUGUGUGUGGUGGAGGUGAAGGUCUCAGACACCCGGCGCAUAGGAAUCAUCAUCGGCGCAGUGCUGGGCUCUUUGCUCGCGCUGGGCUGCCUCUUGGUGGGCAUCUGGGGGCUCAUCUGCUGCUGCUGCGGGGGCGCCGGGGUCGGCGGCGGCUCCCGCGGUCCCUUCGGCUACGGCGGCGGGGUCGGCGGCGGGGUCGGCGGAGGGGCCUGCGGCGACUUGUCUAAUGAGAUCAGAGAGGACGCCGUGGCGCCCGGGUGCAAGGCCAGCGGGCGCGGCAGCCGCGUCACCCACCUCCUGGGGUACCCGACGCAGAACGUCAGCCGCUCCCUGCGCCGCAAGUACGCGCCUCCGCCCUGCGGCGGCCCGGAGGGCGUGGCCCUGGCGCCCCGCCCCGCCCCCGCGGCCGCCGCCUGCGAAGCGGGCCCGUCCCCGGUCUACGUCCAGGUCAAGAGCGCCGAGCCCGCCAGCAGCGCCGCCGAGGGGCCGCUGCAGAGCAAGGACGGCCUCCUGGUGUGAGCGCGCGGCGCUGGGCUGCGCCCCGGCUGGGAGGGGGGCGCGGGGCUCUCUGCUCGCAGCUGGGGACGCGCUCGGGCCGGCGCCGACCUCGGCUGCUCCGGGCCGCGCGGCGGCUGGGGGCUGAGGACGUUUCCCUCGGGAACUGAGUCGAGCGGCUGAGCCUCCUCCUCUAAACGUGGGAGAGGGCGGGAGAAGGCAGAGAAAGGCCAUCCGGGGCCUCUCCUCAUCCUCGGAGCCCCAGGCUCGUGGAGACGGAGAGAGGAGGAAGUGCCCGAGAGCGCACGAGGCCGGAGGCCGGUGUCCCCAGCCAAGGCAGAGAGCGCCGGGGGCUGGGUGGGUGGGGAUCUGGACUGAAUUGUGAGUGUGAGAUCUGAGCUCCGAGGCGGCAGUGUUAGCACAAUAAAGAAAAUGUAAG